AUGGCUACUAAAGAGAACGACCAGAAGCCAAAGCCGAGCAGCCUGAGGUCCAUCAUCGCCGGUUCGAGCGCUGGGGCUGUUGAGAUCUUCGCGAAAACCAGAACCCAGCUCAACCGCAGACUACCAGAUGCUAAGAAACUACCGUGGCCUCCAUUUGGCCCGGCAUGGUAUGCGGGAUGCACGACGUUGAUUAUUGGUAACUCAAUAAAAGCCGGAGUCCUUUCACGACUCACCCCCAUCCGUCUGACAGGAUUCGUCGCGUUCGAUGCUUUCAAGUCCCUACUACAAGACGAGAACGGAAAGAUUUCGGGCCCAAAAACUGUGAUAGCUGGGUUUGGAGCUGGGUUUACCGAGUCCCUCCUGGCAGUCACUCCGUUUGAGAGCAUCAAGACCCAACUAAAAUCUGCUAAACCACGGAUGCGUGGCUUUUUGCACGGAAGCGCCGUAAUAUUCCGCGAGCGAGGCGUUCGUGGUUUCUUCCAGGGAUUUAUACCUACAACUGCACGACAAGCAGCUAAUUCCGCGACGAGAUUUGGGAGCUACACCACCCUACGGCAGUUUGCCCAGGGCUAUAUAGCGCCUGGCGAGAAGCUCGGGACGUUAAGCACCUUUGCCAUUGGCGGAAUGGCCGGUCUUAUUACAGUAUACGUUACUCAACCCCUGGAUACCGUGAAGACAAGGAUGCAAUCACUGGAAGCAAGGAAUAGCUACAAGCACAGCCUUGAUUGUGUAGCAAAGAUAUUGAAAAAUGAAGGAAUCCUCACCUUUUGGUCUGGAGCAGUACCACGACUUGCUAGACUGGUCCUCAGUGGUGGCAUUGUUUUCACAAUGUACGAGAAAACUAUGGAGGGUCUUGAUAGACUUGAUCCUGACAGAAAGUACAUCUAA